AUGAAUAAUGCGAGCGAGAAGGUUAACGAAGUCGCUGAGGAAAAGAUGGAAUUAGCCAAAAGAAACACUAAAAAGAUGGGUGAUGCAUUGUCCGACUCUGCAAAGGAGGCCAGAUCACAAGUUGGUGAUGUGAUCGAUUCGGGUACGCAACAAGUUGAGGAUGACAAUGACGAGACGAAACAAUUCAAGCAUCUGACAAACAUUCAGUAUCAGAUCCUCAGUCUAUCAUCAGAGUACAACGAUAAAGCGCAGCUGUGGUAUGAGGUGUAG